GAUUGGAAUUGCUAUCGUUAGUCCGACGAUGGAGAGGGGUGAGAUUGUUUGGCCGACGGUGGAGGCGGCGACGAAGAUGUUCUUGGCGUUUAUGGAGGUUCCGGAGGACGAGAGGAUGAAGAGAAUGGUGUUUCAUGAGGAGUAUAUGAGGAGUAGGGUUAAUGAGGCGAUUGGGAAGAUGAGGAGGAUGGAGGAGGAAGUGGAGAGGAAGGAGAUGAAUGUGCUGAUGACGGAGGUGAUCGCCGGGAGAAAAAGCUUGAUGGAGAUGGAUGCCAGGCAGCUUGAGGGUUUGUAUGCGUUGGCUGAUGACAAGAUGGCGGAGCUGGAGAAGAGGAAGCAGGAUUUGCUGGGGUUGGCGCAGAAUAACAGCGCUGCGGCGGCGGCUAGGGCUCCCCACCGCCGCCGUCGAAACCGUCGUGACAGGAAUCAUCACCGCGCUGCUGCACCGGAUGCCGUCGUUUCCGACGGACUAGAUGGUGGCGGUUCUUACUACGUCCCUCAGCCACCAGCCCCGCAUUUUGAUUCACGGUGGACGACGACUCCGCCAGCACCGGCGGGACAAUUGCUCCCAAAUGUCGACCCUGCAACAUGGUUCAUCCCGAACAUGGUGGUUAAUUAAGUUUAUUAAUAAUCAAUUUAGGUAUAUGGAAAAUAAUUAUUGCACGUGUAAUGUUUUAUAUCAUUAACAAAAGGCACUAGAGAUGCCACCCCUUCAUCUUUAAAAGAAAAAAGGAAAUUUGAAGAACCUCAUCA